GAUUGGUCAGGGGUGUAGUGUAUAGCUGUGCCUUUUGUGUCCUGUCGCGAGUGCGUUCCCAAGACACUGAUGGUUAAGUUUGGUAUCAGUGACUGGAGGAAGCUGUGGCUCUGCGAAAGGGAAUGAGAAGCGAGGGUGCGGCGGGAUCACAAGGCAGGCUGGGAGACACACACACACGCCCCAAUGCACCAAGGUAGAAAGGGAUGACAGAACAGAAGCCUUCCCCUCCCCACACUCGACCGCUUAUGUGGAGGUCAUGCGAAUCAGGUCAGGUUCCCACUGUUCACCUCCCCCGAGUGUGCUUAGGUAUCCAUUCAUCGACCAACCUGAAGGAAGAGCGCACAGCUGGGGCCGGCCGUCAGCUGUGCGCCAACUGCCCCAGCCUGUAUUCGAACUGGGACCAAGGGAAUCCUAGUCAGUGUUGCCACGAACCCCCACCACUACCACCACCAGGCCCAGCACGCAUUCCCUCGGCAAGGCUCUGCGGGAGGCUGCCCCUGCGCCGCCCUGAGCUCAGAGGGACGCCGGCCAUCCCUCCCUGGUGAUGAUAUCCGUCGCUUGUUACUUAGAUAUAUUUGAAUUGCAAGGACUCGUUAAUCGAUAUUGCUUACAGCCUUUCUGCUGGAUUAAUGGACAGAAAUACUUAUUCAUUGGAGUUUCAUAGAUGUUUGUAACUAUUAGUCUUGUGCAAAGUAAAUAUAUCUGAUCCU